AUGACAAGACAAAAGAGCUGCCUAGGCAAAGGAGCAGUCUAUUCACCAACACGUCGUCGCCAAGCAACAACAACAACACCAGUCCCAAAUAAGCACCACCCCCCUAAAAGAGUCAAAAUAAUCCAAAAAGAAAAAGCCCCGCAAAAGCUUAAUCAAAUUAAGGAAACUCAGACACCAUUUCUGGUCGGUUUAUUACUUCUCCCGAUAGGCUGCGGGGUCACAAUUUUAUGCCUUGUCAUCGGCGCUUUCCCAAGUGUAAUGCGAACGUGAUGGGAACCAUCAGGUUGAAUACGAUGACUGGACUUUUUAUUUGUGGUUAUACAGGCAAAACCUCGGAAGGGGGUUGUGGGUACCCACAGUGGAGUCGCGACCAGUUCGACUAUCUAGGUAGAGUGAAUAGUUAGAGUGAAUUCUUAGAGUAAAUAAUACCAAGGACAGAGAGAGGGGGAUAUACCCAAUACUUAAGAUAGAAUAGCGUACAUUGGAACAAAUUAAGAGACCAACUACUAGCUAGCUAGCUACUUAAUAUAACUAAUUCUUAAACUACAUCUACUUUAUCUUAGGUACGCUUAAUUCUUAGUAUAUAGAGUUACAAUCUUCUACUAUACCCUCUAGGUGUUGUAAUACGUCGACGUCGAUGUUAUAAAAGACACUUAACACAGUACUGAACACAUACUCAAAUCCUCUGUGUUACAAUUACUCGGCCACUUAAAGACACCAAUCUCACCCUAACAUCUCUAUCCACCGUCGUAUCAUAAAAAUCCAUACUUCCAAAAAGAUCUCCAUCCGUCCAUCCACCCACCCCAACCACCCCAACCUCCCCCAAAAUAAAACCCAUACCCCCUUCCCCUCUAUACAUAAAACCCACCACCCCCAACAAAAAAACAAAAUCCACUAACACUACAGCCCCCGGACAAGCCUACAAAAAUGCCCACCCAGAAGCACAGCUAGCAUAAAAAAAACAGCACACUAGCACACACCAAACUCACCACAAUGACCUCGACCCUCGGAACCUCAGGUAUGGUCUGGCUCCCCGCCGCCGUCGAGAAGUUCUGCGACUGCGCGUUGCUUUUCGUGUUGCUGGUUGGUUUGUGUGUGGGUGUGGUGAGGGUGGUGUGUGUUGAGGGCGAGGAGCUCGCUACGAGGAUGGAGGUUGGGAGGUUGGAGUCCGAGUUGGAUGGUGGGGAGGAGGUGGGGGAAGGGAUGGGUGUGGGUGUUGGUAUAGGGACGGGGAUGACGGUUAUCUCGCUGAGGAUGGAGGGAUCUGGUGACGUUGUUGGGAUUCCAAUUGGACUGGUCUCUGAGGGUACAGGAGAGAGUAGUCCCGAACUCGUAACGAGUGAUCCAGUCAAAGCAGGCGUCAACACAAGACCAGCAGACCCAUGA